GAGGAGAAAGGGAGGUCCCAGGACUGGAAGGGGAUUUAUGAGCAGCAUCCACAGCUAGAUUGCGGGACAGCUGUCAGAACUCAAAGCAGCUUUCUUACCAGCUCGCCAAGAUCUCAGCUCCCUGGUUUUGCUUGUUAAGGAAGCAGCACUAAAGAGUCUGGUGACGUACCAGCAUCAUUCAAUUGGGCAGCUGCAGAACUAGGAUUGGAAAUCAAGUCUAACUUUCUACAAAAGCAAAAGACCAUCUCUUACCUUGCAGACAAAGGACCAUCUUGGACAUGGCCCCAGAGAUCCACAUGCCAGAACCCAUGUGCCUCAUCAACAAUGCUGAGGAGAAGCUAGUUGUCAACCAGGAAGCUCUGGAGAUCUUGUCCUCCAUCACGCAGCCUCUGGUGGUGGUGGCGAUCGUGGGUCUGUACCGCACAGGCAAAUCCUACCUCAUGAACAAGCUGGCUGGGAAGGAAAGGGGAUUUUCUGUGGGCUCCACGGUGCAGUCCCACACCAAGGGAAUCUGGAUGUGGUGUGUACCUCACCCUCAGAAGGCAGACCACACCCUCGUUCUGCUUGACACCGAGGGUCUGGGAGAUGUGGAGAAGAUAGAUGACAAGAAUGACAUCCAGAUCUUCGCGAUGUCAAUCCUACUGAGCAGCUCCUUUGUGUACAAUACCAUGAGCAAAAUUGACCAGGGGGCUAUCGACCUACUGCACAGCGUGACAGAACUCACAGACCUGCUCAGGACAAGAAACCCACCUGAGCCUAAUGGGGUCAAAGAAGCCACUGAUAAUGUGAGUUUCUUCCCAGACUUGGUAUGGACGCUGAGAGACUUCUUCCUAUCCCUGGAAACAGAUGGGCGGGUCAUCACAUCGGAUGAAUACCUGGAGAACUCCCUAAAGCUGAGACAAGGUAGCGAUGAAAAGACUAAAAAUUUCAACCUGCCCCGCCUGUGUAUACAGAAGUUCUUUCCAAUAAAGAAAUGCUUUGUCUUUGACUCCCCCACUCGCCGCAAUAAGCUUGCCCAGCUUGAGACCCUCGGAGAUGAUGAACUCAAUCCUGAAUUUGUGCAGCAGCUGGCUGAAUUCUGUUCCCACAUCUUCAGCCAUUCCAAGGUCAAGACUCUUCCAGGAGGCAUCCAGGUCAAUGGACCUCGACUAGAGAGCCUGGUGUUGACCUAUGUCAAUGCCAUCAACAAGGGGGAUCUGCCCUGCUUGGAAGGUUCAGUCCUGGCCUUGGCCCAGAGAGAGAACUCAGCCGCGGUGCAAAAGGCCAUUGCUCACUAUGACCAGCAGAUGGGCCAGGUGCAGCUGCCCACAGAGACCCUCCAGAAGCUGCAGGACCUGCACAGAACCUUCGAGAAGGAGGCCAUAGAAAUCUUCAAGAAGCACUGUUUCAAGGAUGAGGACCAAAGCUUCCAGAAGGAACUGGAGACCUCACUAAAUGCAAAACAUAAUGACAUUUGCAAGAAGAAUGAGGAAGCCUCUGCAGCCCGCUGCUCAACCUUACUACAGAGUAUUUUCAGCUCUCUGGACCAGGAAGUGGCCAAGGGCAUUUAUUCUAAACCUGGAGGUCAUAAUCUCUACGUUCAGAAGACAGAAGAGCUGAAGGCAAGGUACCAUCAGGAGCCUGGCAAAGGAAUACAGGCUGAAGAAGUUCUUCAGAAAUAUUUAAAGUCCAAGGAGUCUCUGAGCAAUUCCAUUCUACAAACAGACAGGGCUCUCACAGCCAAGGAAAGGAAGAGGGAAGCGGAACAAGCCAGAGCGGCAGCUGCGAGGGCCAGAGCCCAUAGGUUAGAAGCCAUCCGCAAGGAGGAAGAGGAACAGAGAAACCAGGAAGAGAAGCGCCACCAGGAGCAACUGGAACAAAUCGAGAGAAACAGACAGAACUUUCUGGUACAGCUAAAGCAGAAAGAGGAACAGAUGUUACGGGAACAGGCUGAGAGGAUCAAAGCAAUACACGAGGCGGAACUCAGGAAGCUUCAAGAACAGAUCAACAACGCCACGGUGUAUCAUCAUCACUCAUCACAUGGCCGAUGCACCAUAUGCUAAAGUGCUGAACAUCAGGGCUGCCGUUCCUUCCCCUUUUCCACUGGAGACAUGGGAAAACUAUAGAAUGAGGGAUCCCCAGCCUUACGAAAUCCCAAUGCUUUAUGACUGCCCACAGUCCCCUCAAGGGACUACGAGUUACCUAAGAAGGUGGCAACUGCUUGCACUUAGUCAAGACUCAGGCAUGGCUCUCGGCGGUGGGCUGUGCGGGGUGCCAUCAGAGGGGGGCAGCCAUGGGCCGUCCUCAACACGGUGGAGCCCACUAGUGUCAUCUGCCAACUGGUCAUUCGUAAAGAGAAGCUCCAAACUAGUGUUGUGAUGAAAUGGAGAUCUUUGAGAAGACAAAGGGGAAUGAACGCCUCCAAAUUGAACCCUAGGCUUAAGGGCUGGAGAAACAGCCUCACUCAAGGAAUAGUUUCAGUGGAAUAUUUUUUACCAUUGCAGCAACUUUCACUGGACUUAGUUACUGUACCGUAUAUGCUGAUAAUCUUUUAGAGCUUGUAAAUAGGUGAUCUAAGGAAUACUGUAUAAUGUACCAAAAAACUCACAAGCUCAUUUACUUGUAUGCUUACUUAUAGUCCUAUAUGUAAGUCAGCUUAGUUGUUUUGCAGUCACAUGUGAAAGCCCAUUGCCUUCCUUAAAUAACAGGCUACAUGAAUAUCUGUCAGUACACAUUUAAACUACAACAUGUUUAACAUCA